ACCGCAUAGUGUCAGAUGGUCUUUUUCGAAAUGAAAAACCGAAUCUCGCACGUUGUGCCCUUCCGCCAGACAAAGUAUUCCCCUUUGGAGCGGAAGUGCCGCGCGGCUGAAUGUGUCCUAUUAGAUACCGUCACGGUACAGAAUCAGGAGCGGCUCAACAAGGAGCUACGAAGCAAAAAACUUGCUCUUUUCAUUCAACAAUUUGAGAAAGACGCACAAGAGCGUCUGAAUGAACUUGACAGAAAACUACAGAACAUGUUGGCAACCAUCGAUAAAGUCUUCGAAAUAGAGCUGCUGAAAAUGCCACCCUCCUUGCAAAAUACGCUCAUGGGGGACUUAAUAGGCGAACAAGAACUCUCAGGCGACAAGGCGAUAUCCAUCGACAUCCUGCAUGAAAGUGCUGAUGUGCACCAGCCAUUUAGGAAGGCGUCCAGCAAAAGAGCUGUGCUUUUCGCUUUGGUGACAGGAAAAUUUACUGAUCCCGGGUUGGUUCAGUCCAGUUUGUCUCGGAAGAACUCGGGCAAGACAUCCACGCGGCGCAAAGGAUCCAAAAGAGCAAAGCUGUUGCCUGGCAGCAGCAGCACAGGAAAUCUUGGAACUCCAGGCAGCGUGAUCAAGCCCAGCGAUGAGGUCAUGGCAGCUAGACGUAAACUUAGGUCUGUUGUAUCCAUGGGAGAUUUGCAUUGUUCAGGAGCUGGAUCUGCUGCACACAUCACUGUAACCACAGCACUCGGACAGGCUGUCUGCUUUUCUGAGGAGAACAAGGACAAAAUCAAUUUUGACUUGCUAGAUGACGUGGCGUGGUGCCAGGUGGAGAAGCUCUCUAGGGACCCGAUUCGACACGCGAGAGACCUCGCUCCAUUCCGAUCUCCCCCUGUGACCAAACGAGAGGAACAGGACCUCCUGUCCUACCAGAGGAACCAGGGCGUUGGCCCCGCAGGCCCCCACGUCUCGCACAGGACCGACUCCACUGCUCCUGCUGGCCCCCCUCUCCAGCCGGCACAGCAGAAGCCCGACGACGGAUCACUCGGCCGGGUGACACGUCAGGGUUUGCCCAAAUUCAAGAGACUCUUUUCGGCCACUUUCGACCUAACCCCGGCCCCCCUCCAGGGGACCCACCACAAAGGACCUCUCAAAGUAAGACCCAAUUCGAACUUCCAUUUGAACUGAAUUAGACACCCUUUGAUGAUUUAUUUGUUACUUUGUAUAUCUUUUUAUAUUUCAACUUCUCAUGAUUUUUGUGAAUGAUUAAUUAACGCUGUGCAAUGCUUGGGCCAUUGAACCCGCAUUAAGGGGCAUUAUAUC